AUAAACAGGUACUCUUCAGAGGAUCUGUAUAAUAUUGUGAGUGUGUUUCGAAAAGUUGUUCAUUACCGUUGCAAUGCAGUUUCUUUCGAUUUGGAGACUAUUAUUUCUCUUCUCAAUCAAAAAAGCCGAUUCUGCCACAGGACCAAUGUGCAAACUGCGAGGAAAGUUCAGUCGCGGCGUUUCUCAACUCGGCGAUGUCAUGCUGGGAGGUUUAUUCCCCAUACAUUUUAGAACGGCUCCAGUGUAUAAUACAUUCCGAUUUCAACCUCAACCGGUCCGUUGCCUUCAAUUCCGGCAAGGGGAGCUCCGUUGGGCGCAGACGAUGAUCUUCGCAAUUGACGAGAUAAACAGGAAUCCAGAGCUGCUUCCCAAUAUAACUCUCGGCUAUAGGAUCUUUGAUAGCUGCCAUGCACAUUCCGAAUCGCUCAAAGGAGUCCUGCAGUUACUGAACCAGGACGAUGAACCUGAAUCCAGCUACACUUGCUCAGCACUCCCAGCAGUGGCUAUUGUUGUGGGCGAUGCCGCGUCUUCGGAAUCAAUUGUUGCUUCCCGCCUGUUGGCGCCGUUCAAUGUCGGCCUGAUCAGCUAUUCUUCUUCCUGUACCUGCCUAAGUGACAAGAGAGAGUUUCCAACGUUCUUCAGAACUGCUUCUAGUGAUGCCUUUCAAAUCAAAGCCUUGGUCAGACUUGUACAGCGCUUCCAGUGGCUUUGGAUCGGGAUUGUCGCUGAAGACAGUGAAUAUGGUCGAUUCGCGAUAUUAUCGUUUAUUCAAGAAGUUUCUAAGUUUGAGACAUGCAUCGCUUUUAUUGAAUUUAUCUCUCCUGCAAGUAGCAGGUCUAAACUGAUGCAAGUGACAGCGACGAUGCAAAAGUCCUCUGCCAAAGUGGUAUUAGUUUUCACUUUUGAAAGCGACACGAUGUCUUUGGUGAAGGAAAUGCGUCUACAGAACAUUACUGACAUUCAGCUCAUAGCGAGCGAGGGCUGGAUAACAUCGGCCCAUCUAUGGUCAGGGGAAACCCGUGAAAUAUUUUUUGGAGCGAUCGGGUUUGCGAUCAGGAAAGAGGAAAUUCCUGGUCUGAGACAGUUUCUGGUCAAACUCCAUCCGUCCUCGGCACCAAACCACCCAUUUGUGGAUGAACUGUGGCGGGAUGUUUUUGGCUGCAGUCCAAAAUUGUCAAAUCAGAUUCUGUACGGAAACGCGUCGUUCUCUUCAAACAAACUGUGCAACGGUUCAGAGAGUCUAGAGACGGUGGAAAAUACAUAUGCUGACGUUUCGCAGUUGAGAAUCUCCUACAACGUGUAUAAAGCUGUGUACGCUGUGGCGCACGCUCUUCAUAAUUUACAAUCGUGUACAGACGGAAACGGACCCUUUGUGAACAAAACCUGUGGCCAAAAAUCAAACAUUUUACCCUGGCAGCUGUUGCACUAUCUUCGGGAGGUCCGCUUCACCAAUCAGUUCGGAGAACAAAUAAGCUUUGAUGAGAAUGGAGAUCCCAUUGCUUCCUAUGACGUGAUAAACUGGCAAGGACGAGUGGACGGUUCACUGGAGUUGGUUAAAGUUGGAUAUUACGAUGCUGCCCUGCCUGCGGGGAACGAAUUUAUCUUAGAGGAAAGUGAAAUCGUUUGGCACGGAUCUGGACACAAUGUUCCAGUAUCUGUCUGCAGUGAACCGUGCGCUAAAGGUACAAGAAAGGGAGCUCGACAAGGUCAGCCCGUCUGCUGCUUCGAUUGCUUACCGUGUUCUGACGGAGAGAUUAGCAAUCAGACAGGUUCCACAGAAUGUAUCAAGUGUCCUGUGGAUUACUGGUCGAAUGAUCGAAGAGACCGUUGUGUUGCCAAACAGAUCGAGUUCCUCUCUUUUCGCGACAGCAUGGGAGUAAUACUCGCGGCCAUGUCCCUGUUUGGGGCUUGCAUCACGGGAGCUGUCGCGGCUGUGUUCCUAUAUUUCAUAAACACGCCCAUUGUUAGGGCCAACAAUUCGGAACUCAGUUUCCUUCUGUUGGUCUCGUUAAUUCUCUGCUUCCUGUGUUCCGUUGCGUUUAUUGGGCAGCCGUCACCGUGGUCGUGCGCAGUGCGUCACACUGCCUUCGGGAUUAGCUUCGUGCUGUGCAUUUCCUGCAUUCUCAGCAAAACCUUGGUCGUCCUGAUGGCCUUCAAAUCCACCUUGCCGUCUAGCAAUGUGAUGAAAUGGUUCGGGCCUACACAGCAGAGAUCCAUCGUCCUUCUCUCCACAUUGAUUCAAGUUAUUGUGUGUGUGAUCUGGCUACUAACUUCACCUCCAUUCCCGUCCAAAAACACCAAAUACCAAAGUUCAAAGAUUAUUCUCGAAUGUGCUGUGGGUUCCACUGUUGCUUUCUUCUGCGUCUUCGGCUACAUCGGGCUACUGGCGUGCGUAUGUUUGAUCUUAGCCUUCUUGGGCAGAGCAUUACCGGACAAGUUUAACGAGGCUAAGUUUAUAACGUUCAGUAUGCUCAUCUUUUUUGCAGUGUGGAUAACAUUCAUUCCAGCGUAUGUAAGCACUCCCGGGAAGUACACGGUCGCUGUGGAAAUCUUUGCAAUUUUAGCAUCAAGCUUAGGAUUGUUAAGCUGCAUCUUUGUUCCGAAAUGUUACAUUAUUUUAGUCAAACCGGAAGAGAACACGAAGAAACAAUUGAUGGGUAGAGCAGAGAGAUUAUAGAAUAAUAUACAUCGACAGAACACAAAAAGUGUUUUGCCCUUUUUAUCCUUCAUGUGUUUUAAAGCUUUCAUUUUAAAUUUAGGGUGUUAUAUGCCGCUUUCUAAAACUUUACUUCGGCCGCAUCUGAAGUGUUGCACACAGUUCUGAUCACUUCAUGAUGGGAAAGAUGUGGAGGCUUUGGAGAGAGUGCCGAAGGGGUUUACCAGGAUGCUGCCUGGAUUAGAGGGCAUGUGCUGUAGCGAGUGGUUGGCGAAACUUCUGCUGUUUUCUCUGGAGCAACGGAAGAUGAGGGAAGAUCUGAGGGUUUAUAUAUUUAUGAGAGGCAUCAAUAAAUUAGACGGGCAAUGUAUUUUUCCAGUGGUUGAA